AUGGACAAAUUGCUACUUAAGGAAGGCUUUGGGGAUGAAGUUAUCACAAACGACCAGACGGCUCGCGCUAAAGCAGUGAGCAGUCUUAUUGAACAAGAACUUGCACUGGCCAAGGAAGAAAGGAAGAGCGGCUCGAAGCCAACUGAUCCUAAAGUAGCAAAGGAGACUUUGGAUACAAUCCUAACAGAAUAUCGCCAAAAGCAGGCCGAAAUGGAACGAACGAAAAACAAUUCAUUUGAAGACCCGUUCUUGUCUGAACAAUGGGUCGCAAGGGCACAAAGGUUGGAAGAUGAAUAUGCCAGGAAGUAUGGAGUCAGUGUGGACAACAGUGGUAGACGUGUCUCGUGGGCAAAGAGGCAAGGGCUGGCCAAGAAAGAGAAUUCUCUGUUAGGAGCGGUGGAAUCUGAUAAAGAAGCUCAAUUCUUCAGUCAAAUUGCGACCAUGCGAAGAGGUGGCCAAUAG